AGAGCUCAGACUCGCUGCCCGCUUGCUACCGGUGAGCUGCUGUGUUACUAUCGUGCGUGAUUUCAGUUGACUUACAGACAAGUUUGCUCCAGUGCUCGUUUGUUUUUCACGUACCAUAACGGAUUUCAGACCCACUUGUUUCUCUGCCGAAAAUGAGGAUCUUUUUGGUCGUCGCCAUCGCUCUCAUUCCACUCGUUGCGGGUCGUGAUACCGGAGUUGCCCGGCAAUCCUCAGCUUACCAAGACAUCACUUCAUGUCCGGAGCAGUACGGCCUCCAAACUUACGCUCACCCUACGAACUGCGACCAGUUUUACAAGUGCGCUAAUGGCACGUUGACGUUGGAGACUUGCGAAAACGGUUUGCUGUUCGACGGAGCCGGAUCCGUUCACAAUUUUUGCAAUUACCACUGGGCCACCAACUGCGGCGAACGCGUCUACGAAUUGAUUCCGGAUCCCGCUAGAAAUCCAGAUUCCAUUUGCGAAUACUCUUUCGGUUUGUUCAAGCCGUCGGACGCUUGCGAUAUUUUCUACUACCGAUGCGCCUACGGCGAGGCCGAAGAAGUGGCCUGCGAGAAGGGUUUGGCUUACGAUGACCGCUCUCAUUCCUGCAACUGGCCCGAUCUCCUCCUGGACAUUGGAUGCGAACCCGAAAAGGUCGUCGGAUUCCGCUGCCCGGACGUCUCCUCCCUGCCGCCCAAUUCGCUCGUCCGCCAGUUCCUCCCCUUCCCUCGUUAUGCUGUUCCCAAUGAUUGCACUCGACUCGUUACCUGUGUUAACGAUUACCCCCGUCUCAUCAGCUGCGGCUACGGAAGCGCUUUCAAUGAGGACACGCUGACCUGCGAUGAUGCGGAGAACGUGCCUCAAUGCGCUAAUUACUACAAAGAGUAAUUGUGGAGAUGAUGGGAUGAAGAGAUGAGGCGAGAUCCGUUUUGAAUUGGCCCUUUCAACGAGCAAUUUCGAUAUUUCCUUUAGCGCAAUGUAGUUGUGCUGGGGCACAGCUUCGUGCAGAUCUUUUGUUUCCUUCUUAUUUCUUGACAGUCCCUUCUUUUUAUUCGUUUGGCAGAUAUCUAAAAUUAUACGCACUCACACCUUCACACGUUUCUAUAUCCUUAAAAAAAAAAAAUUAAAGAAGAUUAGGCUAAUCUAUUGAUGACUUCUUUUUUCAUUGUGAGUGUACGACUUGUUCUUCUUACGCGUAUGUACAGCUCCGUGUAAUUUUUUCCCCCCUUUCCGCGACCUCGCCUAUUAUCAUCUUUCAUUUAAAAAAGAAAAAUAAUAAGAUAUAACGAUGGUA